AUGACAGUUCUAAAAGUAAUCGAAGUUUUCAAGGUUAACGAAAAGUUUAUCCUGGUUUGGACGAAAAAAUAUAAAAACAAAGCUGAAAUUCCUGCAUAUAUAUCGCCUGAAUUAAUCGAUAGGUCUCGAAGUGAAGCUAGGAUUAAACUUGCUAAUAUUUUAAUGGUACUUACUGCCCUUGGCAGUAUAGGAGCUAUAUUUAUGGGCAAAGCUGCUGUAAAGAGAGGUGAAUCUGUUCACCAGAUGAACCUAGAUUGGCACAAAAAAUAUGAAGAAGAUUACAAGAAGAAAGAAACAGAGGCAAGUAAAGUA